AAAAAUCGAGAGUGUGUCAAUGGAAGACAAAGAAAGUCAAACGGAAUAACCAUACGAAUUCCUCCCUUCUCAGCCGCCAUACCAUAUCACAAAUUCAACCAACUUUGCACGAUUCCUUGUUCUUUUAAUUUCUCUAUACACGCACACCACACGCCUUAUGGAAUGAAUGCUCAUAACAUAAAAGGAUAAGCUUUCUUUCAACGUUGAUAGCUGAAAGUGAAAUCACCCAGGAUUAGGUUAAGUCUAUUCAUUAAAACGAUGGUUACCGUGUACCCUUUUGAGCAAAGUUUGUGAAUUUACGGAAGAAAAAUCAAAUAAAUAAAGUAGCGGCGAAUCGAAGGAUGAGCGGCGAGGAUGAUGACCCAGAAGAAAAAAGAUUGAAAUUAAGAGAAGAAGCGUUGAAUUUGAAGAGUUCUUAUUCUUCUUCUCGGUUCAAUAAUUUUCAACGCGAUCUUAUGGCUGGUGCGGUUAUGGGUGGUGCGGUGCAUACAAUUGUGGCCCCGAUUGAAAGGGCUAAGCUUUUGUUGCAGACACAAGAGAGUAACUUGGCUAUUGUUGCAAGUGGUCGUCGAAAAUUCAAAGGGAUGUUUGAUUGUAUUAUUCGCACUGUUAGGGAAGAAGGUAUUAUCUCUUUGUGGCGUGGUAAUGGUAGCAGUGUUCUUCGUUAUUAUCCUUCUGUUGCACUCAAUUUCUCUCUUAAGGAUCUUUAUAAAAGCAUAUUAAGGGGUGGAAACUCUAAUGCUGAUAAUAUUUUCUCCGGUGCAUCUGCUAAUUUUGUUGCUGGGGCUGCAGCAGGUUGUACAUCACUUGUCUUGGUAUACCCCCUCGAUAUCGCACACACUCGCCUUGCUGCUGACAUUGGAAGGACAGAAGUACGCCAAUUCCGAGGCAUUUACCAUUUCUUGGCUACUAUAUUCCAUAAGGACGGGGUUCGGGGUAUUUACAGGGGCCUUCCCGCAUCACUUCAUGGUAUGGUGAUACACAGAGGUCUUUACUUCGGAGGGUUUGAUACUAUAAAAGAAAUAUUGUCUGAAGAAUCUAAACCUGAGCUGGCAUUGUGGAAGCGAUGGAUGGUAGCUCAAGCAGUCACAACCUCGGCCGGUCUUAUAUCUUAUCCGUUAGACACGGUUCGUAGGAGGAUGAUGAUGCAGUCUGGAAUGGAACGGCCGGUGUACACUAGCACCCUCGACUGCUGGAGGAAAAUCUAUAGAACAGAAGGAUUGAUUUCAUUUUACCGCGGAGCGGUUUCGAAUGUGUUUAGGAGCACCGGCGCAGCAGCUAUCUUAGUCUUGUAUGAUGAAGUCAAGAAAUUUAUGGACUGGGGGAGAUUGUAAAAGAAGCACCAGCCUACGUAGUUAGUUCAUUUCAUUUUGAUACCGGGUACUUCAAUACAAAUUUAUUAUAACAACCUUUUAUUUUAUACAUUUAUUGAGGCUUAGGAUAUUUUUUGUAAAUUACAAAUGAGCUCCAUUAUAGUUCAUUUGAAAAUGCAUCUUGAAUGGCAUUCCAACUCAAAUGCAUGCUUGUUAACUAUAUUUAA